AUGUCCAAGAAGAGAUCUGUUGAGGCGGAACACGAAUCGUUCGAGGAGAGUGUAGAGACCGCCGGGGAGGACUCCAAAAGGUCCGGCGAAGAGCGCGACUGUGGUGAUGGUGCCAUGCUCGGAUUCGAAGUGUUCGAGGAGCGGAAGCAGGGAUAUUAUGUUUACAAUAACCCACGAGUGGCGAGCGGAAGCCUCAAAAGCACGAUCACAAUGGCGCUGUCUGCGCGCCUAUUGGCCCUCCGCCGGUCCCCAAUCCUCCUCAAACUCCCACCAUACCUGUCCCUUUUAUGCAUUCUCAUUGGAAUCGCCUGGCUACUGCUCCUUCCUCUGAACGAAUACUCUCGCCAGACCUACAUCUCUGAAAAUGCCAUCCUUCCGGGUCAAGUCCAUACAUACUUUGGCGGAUCCGAGCACAACAUCUUCCGCGCAUAUCGACAGGAGGUCUGGACAUUGGGCCAGCAGAGUGAUGAAGAGAGGACAACCGGCCUGAGGAGAGUGCUGAACGAUAUUGGCUUAAAGACCGCUGUGCAAGAUUGGAGGUUUGAGGUAGCGGGAGAAAGGAUCGAGGGCAAGAAUGUUUAUGGUCUGCUCCAAGGACCGCGAGCAGAUGCUACAGAAGCCAUGGUCAUGAUUGCUGCUUGGAAGAAUUUCGAUGGAGAAGUCAAUUAUUCUGGAGUCGCGCUGGCUCUGACAAUGGCGAGAUACUUCAAGAGGUGGAGUAUAUGGAGCAAGGACAUUUUCGUGCUCUUGCCAGAUGACAGCACAUAUGGGCCAGAAGCUUGGGUGAGCGCGUAUCACAGCACGACGGCCGUGCCUACUGCAAGCAGAAAUGUGAGCGCGCUAUCGAUCAAGGCUGGAGCGUUACAAGGAGCCGUGGCUUUAGACUAUCCGGUCGGGCCAUGGGGAAAGAGAUUCGACAAGCUGGAUGUGUACUACGAUGGCAUAAAUGGUGCUCUUCCCAACCUUGAUCUCCUCAACACUGCUGUGCAAGUCGCGAGUGGGCAGAUGGGUAUUGGCUGCAGUCUCCACGGCAUCACAGAUCACAAGGACAAUUACGAAGACCGACUGAAGUGCCUUGCGAAAGGUGUCAUGAAACAAGCUGCAGGACAUGCUACUGGGCCGCAUUCCGCAUUCAUGUCCUACCACGUCGAUGCGAUCACAUUGAAGACUGUCGGAGAUGGCUGGCAUGACGAGAUGACUCUGGGACGCGUGACGGAGAGUGUCUUCCGGAGCAUCAACAAUCUGUUGGAGAAGUUCCAUCAAAGUUUCUUCUUCUACAUUCUGCUCAACACGAAUCGAUUCGUCAGCAUCGGCAGCUACCUCCCGGCAGCCAUGUUGGUAGCCGGAAGCUUUACGAUCAACGCGCUGGCACUUUGGGUGUUGAGCGGGAAAGGACCAGUUGAGAAGCCGGGCAAGCUUGAAGCACACCCAACUGACAAGCCUGAGGGAGAGAAGAUGGUGGCUUUCAAGAGUGGCAGCGAUGUCACUUUGGUGGCAAAGGAAGAGCUUGAGGCUGUCGAGAGAAGAAUGCUCCUGCCUGCGACUGUAGUUCUGGCCGUGCAUCUGGCGAGCGUUGUGCCGCUGUAUGCAUUGACACACGUCGACAAAGCUAGCCUCGUAUUCGCCUUCUCCGCUGUCGCAAUUGCAAGCUAUGCAUUCCCGGCUUAUCUGAGCCUGCUCUUGGUGCGCUUCAUGAACGCCAGCUCGCAGCAGAUCCAAGUCAUGCAGUCUUUCUCGCUACUCUUCCUCGGCGCCACGCUUUCGACCUGGGCUACGAUCAACUUCUCACUGGCGCUCCUCGUUGGUCUGCUUGCAGCACCCCUCAGCUUCGCUAGACCCAUUGUAGUGGACAGGACAAAGCACGUACAGUUUGCUCUGCAUCUGCCCGCAGCACUAUUCUGGUUGGUGCUGUCACCGCCUGCAGUUCUUUCCGGACUAAGCAUGUACACUCAGAACAAUCUCAGUUGGAUACUGCUGGAAAUUGCAAAAGGCUGGUCCGCACAAGGCGCUUGGAGUGAUCUCGUGGUGUGGUCAGUGUGGUGGCCGGCGUGGGUGCUGGGUGGAACAGUGCUUCUCAGUGGCAUCGUAAGAACAGGACCAUGAUUUGAUAGCGUGAGCAAUGCCUUUGCGACACG